AUGUUUACGUUUGCAAAGAGACUUGUUGAUCGAUUGGAAGGGAAUCCAUCAAGGGAUGAUUCUUCAAUUGAUGAUUCAUAUUUUAAAAAUGCCUCGCAAAUCAAUAACAAGGGUUAUGCCCUCCGAGUGUUACAUGUGGUUCCACACUCAACAUCCCAUACACAUGGAAUUGAAGCUUGGUUUGAUUACAUCAUCAGGAUCAAUAAUCAUGAAUUGCCCAUGCUUAAUCCUGCCUUGUCUUCAUAUUCUUAUAGUAUUAAUGACGAUGGUACCAUUAAUUAUGGGGGAGCGGCAACAGAAGACCAGGCGGCAGCGAUUGAUUACGAUUUGCUAGCACAGGAAAUUGAAACAUUGGCCAAACACGAACUGGAACUUGUUAUAGAUGUAUGGAGUGCAAAGGGAGGUAUAAUUAGGCUGAUUCAAUUACCUCUUGAGCCAUCUUCUGAUGCCUCGACCAAUGAGGACAAGACAGUUGAAAAAUUGUUUGUCAAUAGAUUCAAGAGCCUUGGAUUAACUUUACAAUCCCAACAUUUGAACACUUCCACUUACGUUUGGAGAAUUUUAAAAACACAUCAAGGCUCCCCAGCGUUCUUGUCACAAUUGGUUCCAAAUUCGGACUAUAUUAUUGGAUGCGAUUCCGCCUUCCCAGGGGAUUCAAAAGGAAAAGGUCUUUUGUAUAGAGGUGGUGAAUCUUUGCUAUCAAAAACAGUUAUGAAUUAUUAUAAUCAUCACUAUUCUAUCGCCAAAGAGGACAAUAUUCCCAUAACUCUCUAUGUAUACAACCACGAUUAUGAUAUACUACGCCCAGUUACAGUUAACUUGAGUCGGAAUUGGGGUACAGGGCAACAUAGAGGUAUUCUUGGAUGUGAUGUUGGAUAUGGUUUUUUACAUCGAAUUCCUGAGGUAAUUGGCAAGUUUGAAAAUAAUUCCAUUGUUGAAGAUGUUCUCUUUGAAACCAAGCAAGCAUUUGCUUAUGACGAGAAUCAAAAGAAUCUACCACAAACCUCAUCUUUCGUUGAACCAAUUUCACCUUCACCGGUUGUUCCAGAAAAUUCAAUUAACCAAAUUCCACCUGCAAUUGUGCCCACGUCAAUUUCGCAACCUCCAAGCCCGGUCGCAAGAAGAAAAAAACAUCAUCCAGUUAGCAAUACAGCCCUUAGUGGCUUGAAUGAUUAUAUGAAUGAAGAAUUGGCAAAAUCAAAAGAGAAGGACGACCAAGG